GCAGACACAGGAUUGUUAGGCAAGUCACUCAGCCCGUGCCUGUCCGCACUCAUUUGGGUUUGUGUGCUUUAGUGUUUGCUUUCUCUGUAAAGGGACUGCUUCACAAAAUGGCAUAACGUAACGCAAAACACGUUAAUUGAUAACCCUCGUAUUUCAUUUUAAUGGCCUGAAAUCUGUAAGUUUGCAGGGCGCCGACAUCGGCUCGGUAACUUUCUUCCGAGUUGGAUACUUUCGCUUAUCGGCUCGGGGACUCCUGGAUUGAAAGGAAUUACAAAAUAGUUCCUCAGCCCGUUUUCUACUAGAGUGCCAAGUUGACUUUUCUGUAGCAGUUUGGGACAACUGAAGGGCUUGCCGACUAUUUCAUUGAAUAACAUUGCUAUGGGCCUGGAGUCACAUACAAUCUUGGAGCAACUUAUUGACGGGAUGGAUUUCUUGUGACAAUCUGGACCUGGUUCCCACUGCUUGUAUAUUGAAGACACCACAUUCUCAGAACUAACUUAAGACUUUUGUGUUACUCUGCUUCUAAUGUGUGCAUAGUCAUUGUCAAUUAAGUGCGUAAGAAUUUGUAAGUCAAGAUGGUUUGGCAUCACAGUGAAUCAUUUCUGUUGCUGUUCUUGACAAUACUUACAAACCACAAGAGUCUAUUGCAAGAGUCCAAGUGCACUUUCUCAAAUACCAUGGAUACCAUAAUUGACAUAAAAGUUGCCCUAGCAAGAGGGCUGACGAGUUUGGCUCCUUUCCACACAGACAGUGUGGAGGAGUGCCAGAAUAAGUGCUGUACUGAUCCACCUUUAACAGGAGAAAACCUGUGCAACUUUAUGACAUUUAAUCCUAGAAAGAAGUCUUCAUUUCUGAAUUGCUACCUUUUCUACUGUCCAAACAAAGAUGCUUGUCCAUUUAUGCCUUCAAAAGAUUAUAUAAGCCACUUUAUACAAAGAGAUCUAACAAGUAUGAAGGAGUUGGAUGAGUCCAUGAAAGAAACACAUUCUCACAGAGGGAAAGAAUCAUCAGAUAAUGGAAUUUCUCCAGAACUGCUCAAAAAUCUUACAUCUAAUCUUGUUCCUACCCAAAUAACCACCCGUCAGUCAACAGCAGUCAUCGCUCUUCAAACAACCACAGUUCAGCCAACAACUUCUUUCACCCAUACAAAAUUUUCCACUUUCCCAGUGAUCACCAAACAGUUAAUGAUGACUGGGACACUCCCAAUGUCAAUGACAGCCACUCCACUGCUAACCACUCUCUCAUUGGCUACUGACAAGUCAAAGACAACUACCAUUCUCCCAACUACCCAGUCAACAACAACUUCUGGCUUCCUAACCAAUCUGCCAUUGACUGCUACCCAGCUAACAAGAACCAAUCGCCAGACUACUCUUUCAAUGAUCACUAUGCAGCCAACGACAAACACCAACUUCCCAACUACUCUUCCAGUCACCAUCUCUCCGACAACAGCCACCACUCUCCCAGUGACCACCACUCCGACAACAACCACCGCUCUCCCAAUCACCACCACUCAGAUGAUUACAACCACCACUCUCCCAUUGACCACCACUCGGAUGACUACAACCACCACUCUCCCAGUGACCACCACUCCAACAACAACCACUGCUCUCCCAUUGACCACCACUCAGAUGACUACAACCACCGCUCUCCCAGUGACCACCACUUCAACAACAACCACUGCUUUCUCAGUGACCACCACUUCAACAACAACCACCGCUCUCCCAGUGACCACCACUUCGACAACAACCACCGCUCUCCCAGUGACCACCACUUCGAUAACAACCACCGCUCUCCCAGUGACCACCACUUCGACAACAACCACCACUCUCCCAGUGACCACCACUCUGACAACAACCACCGCUCUCCCAGUGACCACCACUCCGACAACAACCACCGCUCUCCCAGUGACCACCACUCCGACAACAACCACCGCUCUCCCAAUGACCACCACUCCGACAACAACCACCGCUCUCCCAGUGACCACCACUCCGACAACAACCACCGCUCUCCCAGUGACCACCACUCCGACAACAACCACCGCUCUCCCAGUGACCACCAUUUCAACAACAACCACCGCUCUCCCAGUGACCACCACUUCAACAACAACCACCACUCUCCCAGUGACCACCUCGUCAACAACAACCACCGCUCUCCCAGUGACCACCACUCAGAGAGCAGCUGCCACUCUCCCAGUGACCACCACUCAGACAACAACCACCGGUCUCCCUGUGACCACCACUCUCCCAGUCAAAAACAUUCAGACAACGACAACCACCCUCCCGACUACUACUAAUGUCUCAUCAACAAAGUUGAUACCAAAGAUGAUUCAACAAUCCACUGUAUCAAGGAUUCCAGUUUCUAAAACACCAUUCAUUGGGAUUAUAACUGUAGUAUCAAGUAAUGGAAGAAACAAAGCACUGGACCAAAAACAAAAUUUGGGAGGUCAGGUAAAAUCUGCAGAGAAAAGGGAAGAGUCAGAAGUGGCAGUUCAGAGUGGACUAAUUGCUGCUUUAUUAUUUGGGUUAUUAUUUCUAAUAAUAGUUAUGAUUGUGAUAAGUAAACGAAUAUCAGAGUCAUAUAAUAGAAGGCACUAUACCAGAAUUGAUUACCUAAUAAAUGGAAUGUAUAUAGAUGCAUGAAGUAAAGUUUUCCAGAAGAAUCAAUUUUGUUCCGUUUUGAACAAACUUGGACUUAAAGGAAAAGCCUAGUAUAACAAAAGCAUUUAUUACAUUUUUUUUUAGAAGUGAUGUGUACAUAUGGCUUAUUUUCUCUUCUAGCUCUGCUCAUUGGAUGUAGGGAAUGGAAUAAAGCAGAAGCUACAUAUACAAGUCAUUUAAGACUUAAAUAGUUCAUGAACUGGAUUUAAUGCUCCACAGCCAGCGGGGUCGGGGGGGCAAGUUAAACCCAGCAGGCAGCCAGCUCACAUUCUGCACACCCUCCCUGACCCCCAGUGCAGUUAUAUCAGUGGCGGAGACAGGUGUUGGGCAGCCUGUCCACCAAUGGGCCAGUUGAGGCCCUUAAGUGGUAUUAAUUACCACUUGCUUUAACCGAUGCAGGAGCGGCCUGCACUAAAUGGCCAGCCUGGCAGUUUUCUCUGUGUAGACUGGUGGCAGGCAAGGGGUCUCCUCCUCAAUGAGCCCCUUGUGAACAUUGGAGGCCCCCUCCAAUGUUUAAAUCCUCUCCACCAAUCUUUCAGCUCCUUGCCCCCCAGUUGACCUGCUUCUGGCACACCCUCCCUGCUACCCCAUCACACUUGCUUCUCUCCAGGGAUCCAGCAAUGGUCCCCGGUGAAGGCCCCAGCGUAAUAUUGGCAGUGGCCACCACUCUCCGUGCUGCUGCCUGUACUGUACAGUUGCCAGCCUCUGGUUCAUCGGUCCUGGAGAGAUGACAGCCUCUGGUUGGCCAGCAGCACUCUAGGCAGGACAUCCUGCCUGCACUCUAUUAAAGGUCAAAUGGCUGCGGUUUCGCCAUUCUUCCCCCUCAAUGACUUUUAAA